GCUGUCGAUAGGCCCACCAUAAAGGCGGGAGGAGGAAGUAUUCGAUAUAAUUAUGUACCAAACAUAAUUAUACAAGGCAGCUAGAAACAUACAUACUACAAUCACAACACUACAACUACUACACCAAAUCCCUUUGGUAACUUCUUCAAAAUCAUAUUCAAACACGCUCUUUCUUUUCUCUCAUAUUAGACAAUAUGUCUUCCUUCAGUCCUACCCAAAUCUUUGAGGAGGGUACUACCGAAGAAAAGGGAGAAAAUGCACGUCUUGCUGCAUUCGUUGGCGCCAUCGCCGUCGGAGAUCUAGUCAAGAGUACUCUGGGUCCUAAGGGCAUGGACAAGAUAUUGCAAUCAGCUUCUACGUCCGAAAUCAUGGUUACCAACGAUGGUGCCACUAUUCUCAAGUCGAUCGCCCUCGACAACGCAGCAGCCAAGGUCCUCGUCAACAUUUCCAAAGUCCAAGAUGACGAAGUCGGAGAUGGCACCACCUCGGUCGCUGUGCUAGCCGCAGAACUUCUCCGAGAAGCUGAAAAGCUCGUCGACAAGAAAAUACACCCCCAAACCAUCAUCGAAGGUUACCGAAUAGCCAGCCAGGCCGCUCUUCAGGCGUUAGAGGCCUCUGCAGUAGACCACAGCAAGAACCCCGAAGCCUUCAAGAAGGACCUUCUUGCCAUCGCUCGCACCACCUUGAGCUCCAAAGUACUCGCUCAAGAUAGAGAUCUCUUCUCUAAGCUCGCCGUCGACGCAGUACUACGGUUGAAGGGCUCCUCGGACCUAAGUCAUAUUCAGAUCAUUAAAAAAGCUGGUGGAAAGUUAAGUGACUCGUACUUAGACGAGGGGUUCAUUCUUGACAAGAAGAUCGGUGUCAACCAACCUAAGCGACUAGAAAAGGCCAAGAUAUUGGUGGCCAAUACCUCGAUGGAUACGGACAAGGUCAAGAUUUUUGGUGCGCGUAUGAAGGUCGGCUCGACGGGCAAGCUGGCUGAGCUCGAGAAGGCCGAAAAGGACAAGAUGAAGGCCAAAGUGGAUAGGAUCAAGGCUCAUGGAAUCAACUGCUUUAUAAACCGACAGCUAAUCUACAAUUGGCCCGAGCAGCUCUUUACCGAUGCUGGCAUCAUGUCCAUCGAGCAUGCCGACUUUGACGGCAUCGAGCGCCUAGCGCUGGUCACUGGCGGUGAGAUCACUUCCACCUUCGACCACCCGGAUCAAGUCAAAUUAGGUCACUGCGACUUGAUCGAAGAAGUCAUCAUUGGCGAAGACACGCUUAUCAAGUUCUCCGGCGUGGCUGCUGGCCAAGCUUGCACCAUCGUCCUACGAGGUGCUACUGAACAGUUGCUAGACGAGGCAGAACGCUCACUACAUGAUGCUUUGGCUGUUCUCUCCCAAACUGUCAAUGAGCCUAGGACAACGCUAGGUGGUGGGUGUGCUGAGAUGCUGAUGGCCAAGGCGGUAGAAGGCGCAGCAACUCGAGUGGAGGGUAAAAAGCAGAUGGCCGUUUCGUCGUUUGCGAUAGCUUUGCGGCAGCUACCAACAAUCCUCGCCGACAACGCAGGGUUGGAUUCGAGCGACCUAGUCGCAAGAUUGCGUAAAGCCAUUUAUGACGGUAUGUCAACCUAUGGCCUAGAUCUGAUGACACCUGGAGGGGGGAUAGCAGAUAUGCGGGAUCUAGGGGUAAUUGAGAGUUAUAAACUUAAGAAGGCUGUUGUCUCAUCGGCAGGUGAAGCCGCAGAGCUACUUCUAAGAGUGGACGACAUAAUCCGAGCGGCGCCGCGAAGAAGAGAGAGGCAUUAGAUAUAAAAUAGCUAGUGGACAACCAACGGAUGUAAAAUAAUCGUAGACUAGGCUCAUGGACUAUGAAAAUACCCGCUAUAACGAGGACGUUGAAUCUGAUAUUCAUAGGUGCCUAGUCAAGACCCUAACAGGUUCAAAGGCGGUAACAAUCGGCAUAUUAAACGGUAUAGAGUAAGAUAUAUUUCGAAAGAGACGCAGAAAAUAAGACUAGGUACGUAGAUGUAUGUAUAUGAACCACAGAUGGGAAGGCCCUACAUAUGUAGGCUCUAUUGCCGGA